UGCACGCGGGUUAGGCUUAGGCAUCGCCAUCGGCCAUUGCCACCCCCCAAAGGGCCAAGGCGUUGCCCGCGCCGUGCCCCCCUUCCUAAUGCGCUCACCUGAUUCACUUCAUCUGCUAUUCCUCCUCACCAAUUCUCCAACCCAACCCAAUCCCCGCAAUCUUGCAUCGUGUUUGGCUCCAAAUCCACCUCCUUCGAUCCGGAAAUCCCCUGCCCCCUUUGAUUUUGCACCGAUCGUGCGGUUAGAUUCAGUUCGUGUUCAUUUUCAGUUGCACGCUAAAUUUCUAGAAUUCCCCUUCAUUCUGGGUUGAUUUCCUGACGCUGUUUCUCCCUUUUGUGAAUUUGAACUGGACCUUUUGAAAUUCAUGAGCAGCCUCGACCUCAAGAUCCGGCUUAGAUUUUAACCUUCCAUAUUCACGUCGAAUCCUAGUUGUCAAUUUGAGAAGCUUCGAGCGCGAGCCGUAGAAAGUGAAUCGAAUGAAUCAGGUUUCUAGUUGAUGCUACCCGGCGAUGGAUCGCCGCAUCCUCAGGAGCGCGUCGUGUAACAACAGCGGUAAGAACUCGACCAUUUCCUCUCCGGCAGGGGUUUCACGGUCAGCAUCGGUUGUGGGCACCGGCUCCAAGGACGAAGCCAUUGCCGGCGAGCACAAGGUGCUUCUGCCACGGCAGCGGCCACCCGGCGGCAUGGCGCGGAAGGGCCGUAAGGCAUCAAACCGGCGUGUGCAGUGGAAGGAUAGACAUGGCAAGAAGCUCACCGAAGUCUUGGAGUUCCAACCUAGUGACUCAAGCGACUCUGAUGACGAAUAUAUGGAUACUUGCAUAUGCUCAAUCAUGUAA